CUUGUGCUUGGUGGCGGGUACUUGCGCUUAUGUUUUUUUUAGCGCUGUGGAUGUUGUGCGUACACAUACAAAGAGUGCUUAGCGGCAUGACUCACAGUUAGGAGACCCCUUGGCGACACUUUGCACGUUGCUGCGCCCUUCCUGGUUUUCCUACAUGGAUAUUAGCCUGGCGUGACACUUCCAAAGGGCGGCAUGCCGUUCCCGUCGGCGGCGUCCACCUUCAGUCUGGGCUCCUCCUCCUCGUCGUCGGGGGGCCCACCGGGCGGUCCCAGCCUGUACGAGUUCCUGCUAGAGGCCGAGCUCUCCUCGUACUACGACGCGCUACGCAAUGACCUCAAGGUGUCCUCGGUCGGGCAGCUCAAGUACGUCGAGGAGGACGACCUCUCGCACCUGGGCAUGAGCCGGCCCGAGCAGAGGCGCCUGCGAAAGUACUUCCACAAGUACUUCCCCCAGACCUACCUGCGAAAGAUCAAGCAGAUGAUUCUCCCCAAAGCUAAAGAUGACAUGGACCAGUCGUCAGUGCUGUUGCUUGACACUAGCACGGACAAGGGUUCCUCGUCACAGGUUCGGGUUCCCAGCAAGCAUAUAAUCCCUGCAGACAGCAUUGUCAUCAACAAAGAGCUGGGCGUCGGCGAGUUUGGUGUUGUCCAGCAAGGCGUCUGGACCAACGAAGAUGGAGACAGGAUCCAGGUGGCCAUAAAAUGUCUGAGCAAGGAUCAAAUGCAAAACAACCCCAUGGAGUUUCUCAAAGAAGCUGUCAUUAUGCACACCAUAGACCACGAGCACAUUGUCCGACUAUAUGGGGUUGUUUUGGACACCGUAUCUCUCAUGCUGGUGACUGAGUUGGCACCUCUGCGAUCACUGCUCGAGUGCCUGAAGGAGGCUGCUCUGCGGCCCAGCUUCCCCGUGAUGGCACUGUGUGACUUUGCCAUGCAGAUCUGCGAUGGCAUGCAGUACCUGGAGAGCAAGCGCCUCAUCCACAGGGACCUGGCUGCACGGAACAUCUUAGUCUUUGCCAAAAACAAGGUAAAGAUUAGUGACUUUGGCCUCUCUCGAGCACUUGGUGUAGGCAAAGACUACUAUCAGACAAACUUCAACGUUAAUCUCAAGCUCCCAAUUGCAUGGUGUGCUCCUGAAUGUAUUAACUUCCUGCGAUUCACAUCAGCAUCUGAUGUAUGGGCAUAUGGUGUAACCCUGUGGGAAAUGUUCAGCUACGGAUUUCAACCCUGGGCUGCAUUGACUGGCCAACAGAUAUUGGAAGCAAUAGAUGAGCCCAACCUGCAGAGGUUGGAGCAGCCCGACUGCUGUCCAAAGGAUUACUACACACUCAUGCUAAAAUGCUGGCAGCACGACCCAAACAAGCGGCCAAGGUUUUGUGAAAUACUUCAAAUGUUGCCUGAUUGCAAGCCAGAGCAAGUGCAGGCUAUUGCAGACUGCCCAGACACUUCUAUGGGAGGCUCAGUCAAACUGAAGAAAGAUGCCUUACACUACAGAACAGGCGAUGUCAUUACAGUGCUGGACAAAAGGCCUGAUGCAUGGUCCCUGUGGAAAGGUGUCACAGCUUCAGGAAAGACUGGUCUCUUCAAUCCGGCUGCUACGAUUGCAUAUCUGGGCCACAAUCUGCCUUCAAGUCGUGCUAGUGGCAGCUUCACCCGAUGGGAUCCCCGUUCCGGUGCUGGUGUAGCCUACGCCAGUGGUCGGCGUAGUCGAUUGCGGCCAGAAAUGAUUUCAGGCCCCCAGGGUGACUUGAAGCAUACUGGCCAUGUAGGUCUUGAUGGAGCGUUUUUUGGAGAUGUAGCUUUCCUUGGUGAUAAAUAUGGGCAGCUGCCAAAGCAAGUUGUGAAUCCUUAUAAGCCUCAAGAAGAUAAGGACUCCUCAGACUCUUCAGAUAUGACACCUCUCCUAAACGGCUCCAGCUCCACCGUAGAUGGCAAAAGUGGCCCUGCUUUGGAAACUUGGUCUGAUACUAGUAGUGAGAAAGAUCUGUCGAAGGAGUACAUUCUUGAAAAAGAAAUCUGUGCCAAGCCACUGGAUCUGAAGCUUUCCAAGCCACUUGACCUGAAGAGCAUGUCAGCAAAGGAUGGCCAGAAACCUGAUCAUGAAUAUCAUGAAAUAAGCGAUGAGGAACAGAUGGAUGCUACCGAGAGUCCCAAAUUUGAGUCUCUGGACUUGGGCCCCUCAUUGAUGGACGAGGUGUUUCGAGCUCUCGAGACGACUCAACUCAACUUUGACUUUGACAAAGUGCCUAAAGACAGCUGUUUUGCUAAAAGUGAGCCUCCAAAGGAAAUGCCCAAAUCUGCAAGCGGAACCUUCAAGAAGAAGCAGCUUGCAGCAGUAAAGCCCAUUUCGGCUGCUGAGGAACAGACGCUUGAAACAGCUAUUGCAAUAGCUAAAGAGGCUGCUGCACAGAGCAUGCAGGAAAUGGAUGGUCGCUCAGAAUCUGAUGCCACACAGGACAGCCCGCGCACCCCAAGUUCGCCAAACAAGCGGAAAUUCUCCUUCAAGUUCAAGUCAAGCCCCAAAUUGGGAAGGCGCACUUUCUCCGAAGAAGCAGAGGCAAUUCCUGACAUCCAAGACUCUCUCUCGGAAGAGGCCAAAGAAGCGUACAAUAGUCUCGUCGACAAGGUGCCAGAAAAACUAGUGGCAGUUGAACCAACACCGGCAGGAGCACCAGCACCCGCAACGGCAGCUGUCAGUGAACCCCUGGAUGCAGGUGCCGACAUGAACCCACUGAGGCGAAUUAGAAGUGGCAUCCAAAUUCAGCCUCGCAUCAGAGGCAACCGUCACGGCAUCCCGAGCAGCUGCAGGCCCACCACUCCGCACACGGCUGCACUUGCACGCUUGGCUGCCAAUGCUGUCAGCUCUGGCAACACACCAAGAAACGGGCUUGGAGCUCCACCGCCGCCGCCACCCUUGCAGCAGCAGCAGCAGCAGGCAGAAGCAGAAGCAAAUCCUCUUCCACUGCCGCCAAGGGACCGUACAAAGCCUGCGCAAGUGCUGAAGCAUCACCAACGGAAACACCCGCUGCUGCUGCUUCCCGGUACUGUUGCAGCAGAGACAGUGGACACCUGUAAGGACUCGGGCAGUGAGUCGCCUCCUGUGCAAGAGUCUGUGACAGUGCCGAGGCAGGCUUCUGUAAAUGAGCGGAUAGCUGCUGUUGAAGCAAGGACAAGCAGAAGCGAGGCCGAGCCACGGUUUCCCCCACCAAAGCCAAUGCGAACGUGCAGUAACCCAGAUGAUUCAUUCGAGAACCAGAUUCAGGAAGAAAUUGACAGCCUAGACCAUCUCACAACAGCUGAUGCUCCAUCACCACCAACCAUCUAUAAGAACAGUGACCACGUCAGUUGUGAAGAUCUCCUCGAGUUUGCCAUGGACAGGCCUAAUGCAAAAAGGACUCAAGGCCCUGCACGAGGCGUUGACUCUGAUGAGGUCCGAAUCAUGCAAAAAGUGCUUGCAAAAGAGCGUGUUGGUGCAGAGGAGUGCCUUGUGGCCCUAAAUGAAGUGGACUGGGAUGUGCACAAAGGAAUCAAGUGGCUGCGGCUUCAGCAGCAGCUGUUGCAGCGGCAUGGCUUGACUUUCCCAGCUGAUGCCUGCUCCCACGCCCUGGAGCAGAGCGGAUGGAAUGUCUUGCAGGCCACCAACCUCCUCAGAGCCACACAGGCAAGCACCUUAGAUGACACCACCGAAGUUUGAUGUUUGAAUCUGGCAAGAAAUUUACUUGGGAGCUGUGGGGGAGGAAGGGAGUGUGUGAGGGUGUACAGAUGUUCUGCUACACAAACUAGUAGCCCCAAAUGAUGAAUUUUAUUAGUGAAGCACACUCCAUACAUUAUUGUUCACUACCACCACAUACUUCGCAGAAUAGCACCUUGGUUCUACUUUUGGUUACAGGAUUCAUGAAUUGUGCACACAAAAUGCCACACAAGUUUACCAAAAAUAUAUUUGGCCUUUAUAAGGACCUAAGAAGGAGCAAGUAGUUGAAAAUGCAAACAGGUAGAUGCUGAGCUGUUGAACAACGUCAUAUUUGUCACUGGUAUUGCAAAGAUUGGCCUCUAAUUUUACUUGUGUGGAUCCAUCUAAGUAAAACAAUUAAAAAAGUAGAACUAAUCAGUUGUAUUCCUUUUGAAGUUUCCUUUUACUUCAGAAAGAAAACUGCAGGUCAAAACACAUUCUUGCAUGCAUCCUAUAAGGAACAGUCUUGCGAACAUUCUGCUCACCCUUCUUGGCUCAGGUGACACAGAUAGCAUGAGUGAGUGCAGGCCAUUUACACUGUCCAGUCCACAGUAUCGCAUCGUGCCUGGUGAACAGACAAAGUGAGCCAGAAAUGCCACUGCUCCUAUUGUUUGCAUGUAGCACAGUAGUAAUGGGGCAAAGAAACAAUUUAAGUCAUGCAGUUUGCCACAGUGUUCUUAUAUGUAUUGAGCAGUAAAAUGUGCUGCUGCUCUUUAUGCUUGUCAUUUUUCACAUCUGAACUGCUGCUAUAUUCUUCAUGGAAGCUUAUGAGGUUUGUUGGAGGUUCAUAAAUGGCAAGUGUCCUGGUUUUACGUUAAUUUUACAUUACAUCUGUGGAGCCAGCUUCGAUAGUGGCACGGGUGCCUUAUGCUUUUGUAUAUGUUGUUUGCAGAUUCUCGAGAAUUUAAGUACAGCCUGUGGCCAUAGAUGUUUUGCAGUGUUAUUUGUGCCUACUGCUUUGUGCUUGUCUUCUGUAGCAGAUGGUAGACACGCUGAUGUGCAUGUGUGUGUGUGUGUGUGUGUUUGCCUGAACAGUGUCAUAACUGUCUGCUUUACACUUUAGGAAAGCAAUGAAAGAGGUGCCUUCAGAAGGUGGUGAUGCUCUUAUGUAAUUUUCUUUUCUGUGUGCAGUUGUAGCGGCAAAUGUUUUGUGUCUAACAUGUGCUUCGAAACAAGAGCAUGUUUUGCUUAUGCUGUAAGCUUCACUUACUUGGGCACUCGAGUAUGGAAAGUGUUUAUUAGCUGAACAGCUCUUCAAAAAUAGGUGCUCUAGGCAUUCUAUCUGCGAUAGGAGAAAUCUGGGAAGAAGUAAAUUGGCUGUGCAACAGGCACGAAGCAAAUAGCUGUCAAAAUAAUCUGUAGUCUGGUUCUGGUGCAGUGCAGAUGGGUCGUUACUGCUUAGAAGAAUUGCACAUGUUGCUUUAAUGGAAAGGAUAAUCAAAAGCAUUUAACUAGUAUUUGCUUUUUCACAUUGUGCAUGGAGUGAGCCACAAACACCAGACAUCAUUAGAAAUGUCAGUUCUGGGAAAAAGUUGAGGCAUAUACAUUGCACAUACAUUCUACACGUACAGUCAACAUGGAGUUUUAUGCUGACAUACUGCCACUUAUGUGUGCUACUUUUGCAAAAAUACAUCAAGCGCAGGACAUAUACAAAUUCAAGCAGCUCUCUUGUAUGCACAGAAGAAUUCUAAAUCUCAGCUGAUAAUGUACAUUUUUACUCUGCCUCCACUCUUUACCUCUAUGCCAUUCAGAUACUUACUAUACAGGCAUACUGUGGCUAUUGUCAACCUGCGCACAAUAUUGUCCUAAAAAAUCAUUGUGUAGCUACUGUGAAAUUGCACCCACGUAAGUGCAUCUGUGUUUUCAGUGCAAUGUAUUAUGGCACCACAUAGGAGAUAGUUUCUAAAAUACAUUUAAAAAACUGUCAGGUGUUUGUGGCUUACCAUAUAUACAUAGAUAUGAGCAUCAUAUGCAUGCUACUUGCGUAACAGUAGUUACCUAAAUAGCAAUAGCAAUGCCUGUUUAUCAUAACUGCUUUUACAGGCGCUGCAAGAUCUUAGCAGAUGAUUUCUUUUUGUACUUUGUUGCAGUGAUAUUUACUUUACUGCAAGUGUACAAUAAUGAGUCCAAGUAUUUAGGCCUAUGGAUCUAUAAAUGCCAUAAAAACUUGUCAAAAAAUUACCUUUCCCAUGUCUGGCUUUUGUUGUGCUUGUUAUGUUGUGCCGUACAGUGUUUCGUGCUGUAAGCUUUCUCUUUUGCAUCUAAUUCCUUUUUUCAUAGACCUCAGUGCCUCACAUAGAAGCUGUUUUGUUUGUGCCAAGCACAGUCUGUGUUCAUUUUUUAACAGGGUCAUCUAGGAUUUAGGUCAUAGAUGCCCUGCAUCUGUAGACACAUGAUUGAGUUCAUUUCGAAAUAUUAAAAGAGAAUGCAGGUAGUCAGUAUUUCAAGUUACACAAGUAACUCAUUACGCAUUACGCAAGUUACUCAUUAUGCAUGUUCUUCACUGCUUAAGUAUAUUGUAGAAUUUAAAUACCUCCCUGUGAAGCAUGUGCCAUUCUCGUCAUAUAUAAUUGGUUGUCAUUCCAAAGUUGCCUGCUUUGUUCUAUUUCUCCAACAAACAGCUUCAUUCGAAUCCUCCUUUGGACAUGCAUGUUGGCAAGGGUGUUGGUAGAAAACCAAAUGUGAAACAUAGUUUGCUGUGGCAUUUGCACACCACAGGCAAUGCUUUGUGUUUUCUGCACAGGAUACAAAAGUGCCUUGCUUUUGUCAUAAGUAGGUUUUAGUUUUGUGCUCCUGAUAGUGAACCAGUGAAGCAUGAGCACUUGCAGUGUCUGAAAGUUCUCAACACUGAAUGCAACCUAGCUUUCUUAGAGCAAUGGGCAAUGCUUUAUUUCGCCUGUCAGUGCUGUCAAGAAAAAGAGCCCGUUAGUGUAAAUAUAUUUAUGAAUAGGCUUUUCUAAGUGUUAGGUUUGCCUUGUGCAAGUUUGUAUAUGUUCAAUGUAUGCUUGAACCUAUGUAUUCUGUGAGCAGUGUUGUUUUGACAGGCUGCAUGUCCUUGCAGAUUUUAAUUCACACAGUUAGCUGCCUCAUACUUAGUCCUUGUGCUUGGCUGUUUGCUUAUAGGUACUAUUUAAUAAUUCACAAGCAGCUACAUUCAGGCAAUUUUCUUUGACUGAUUGAUAAUAAUCUUCGUCUUUUGAAACAUAUUUUAUCUAAGUUUCUAGAGAUGCAGAUUAUUAAUAGUUUGAUAUGCUAACCUUUUACACUGAAACGGAAGCAAGCUGAACAACUAAACUUGCAUUCCUGCGUCAUACAUCAGCUUUGUUUGACUGCUGAAUUGAAAUCUUGGCAGCUGUAUGUUCAACAUGCCUUCCGUACAUGUGCAAGUGUGUUUUUGACCUUGUGCGAGUUGCCCUUGUGAGAAAGCAAGAAAACCACGUGUGUUCAGAUGCAAAACACGCUUUCAAUCUGGCUAUGCAUGAUUGCUAAUCAUGUGGAAAAUAUUUUGGCUUGCAGUUGUUCUCUCACCUUGCUUUUAAGAAUCUCAAAGUGGUGCCAGUUUUUUUUUUCCCCAUCUCACUUUGCACUUAAAAAUAAAAUUCCCCCAAUUCUAUUCUGCAAGUUUGUGUCCUGCUACAACAGAGAUAUUUAAUUUAAAUUACUAACGGAAGCAUCUGUCUAUUUGGCAUUGAAAUUGCUUAGCUACCAGUGUUCUUUAUAUAAAGUUUUAAACUAAUUUAAGCUUGUAACUUUGUAACUAAGCACCUUGAGACAAGACAGGGUUUUUGUUUAAUUUGCAAUGUACGAGUGUCUGGAAUGAUCUGAAUGCUACUUGCUGCUGUUUGCAGCAGCUUUGCAACAGUUCUACUUAGCAUUGCAUGUUGUGAAUAAAAUGUUUGAUGAA